CUACAUAGUACUCCUCUAAAGGAGAUACAAAAACCCAUACUGAAGAACAGUUACAAUCUAUCACCCAUAGAUUAUAAAUCUCAAUACUCUAAAAGUAAGCUGCCUAAGAACGCUAAAAACACCAAGCACAAAGAGCGCCUGCUUCUUCAUGGCAAGCAAAGAAUUAACAAGAACAUCAUGGCACCUCCAGAGAACGUGAAAUUUCCGAGUCUGACGGAGGACCUCGUCCUCUCGCGUGCUAAGUGCGCACAUUUGGACCAAGUCCGGAAUCUAAACCUUUGGGGCAACGAUCUCGUGGACAUCAGCUUAUUGGAACGAUUGCGUACUUGUUCUAUAAUGUCAAUGUCAUCAAUCACAAUGCUGGACAUGGAUCACCGUAUGUUGAACGAUGCCGCAAUUUACAUCAAUACUAGGCUGGCGGCUUUCUCCUAAAGCGUUUUACUUUUGCGCUGUCACUUCGCAUCUUUUCACAACCCGUCCACUUUCAGCCAAUCUGGAAGUGUGUUCCCUUAGCGUGAAUCGGAUCCAGAGCUUAAGACAUUUUGCUGCCUGUAAGAAUCUGCGAGAACUGUACCUGAGGAAAAACGAUAUUCGGGAUUUGCAAGAGAUUCGGCAUUUAGAUUAUGAGAAACCAUUAUGAUUAUUCCGAAUGCAGUCAACUAGUGGUUGUCUGCAUUCUAUCACGCUCCACGAUUGUACUAAAUGUUUUUAAGAAAGUACUAGCACAUUUCCAGGAUCUUUCUACUGAAUACUACACACCCUCCUGACCUCCUAUUAUAAAUCUUUCUAACUAGCACAGCUCCAGGAACUGAAAGUCUUGUGGCUAGCGGACAAUCCCAUCGCGGAUGUCGAAAAUUACAAAUCCUACGUGCGGCAACGAUUACCGCAACUACAACGCUUGGAUUCUACCUUAUAUCAGGGUGGUCUCGAGUCUCCAAGUCCAACUGUCACCAGAGCAGCCGCGGCUGCGUUAUGGCUUUUUUACAAUAGCUUUGUUGUCUUUGUAACCUAUUUUUUCUCUUUCCAUAGUGGAGCAAAAGGUUUUACUGGGACUCACUGUCACCUCCUGCUCUAAUUCCCAGCGGCAGUGGCUCAGCAACUGGUGAUAUGAGUGCGAGACGGGGCCCGAGUCGACGAUCCUCCCUGUCAAGGGGUAUCGAACAAAGUGGGAGUGUGAAAAAACCAAGUGCGCGUGAAAUCCACGAAGCAUUGUGGAAAAACGAAAAUCCACAUAUGGCGUACUCUUAUGUUGUAUUUUACAACUUAUGCGUCUACGCGAACCUAAGUCGUCCCUGCUGGCGCGGCCUGGCCGCGAGCAAGUGGACCCUCAACCUUGAACCUUGAUUGGGCGUAGACGUAGUCAAAGGUAUGAGCUCAAAGUACCGUCAUUGUUCUAGGACGUCAUUGAUCUUCUAGGAUCAUGAUACUUAAGUGUUGUUCAUCCCAACCCUUCUUAGGACUUUGGAUUCUCGGGAUAUGCGAAACGUGAGACAACUACGCAACAGUGUACCAGACCAUGAAUUGUUAAGGCUACCGCUGAAGCAUCCUCCUCAGCGCCAUCCUUGGCCUCCUUUUUAAGCAUGGGCUCAGGGGUGCGAGGCGGUAGCUCUAAAAUUGGUGUUGCAUCCGAAUCAUGAACGCAGAAGGCAGGAAAUGCAGGAGGUAGCAACCAGCACUUCUCCUGAGUUCAGUCCUGGGAGGAGGAAUAAAAAUUUGUCAUCUUCUACCGGAGGUGUUGUUGUGUCACCAACAAAAAGCGGUGGUGUCAGGGGUGGUUGUGAGAAGAACGAAGAACCAAUAGUGAAUUAUGUAGUCGGGGGAUCAUCAUCUUCUACUAGUUCAGGAGUAGCUGCUUCUGCCGCAUCAGCUGCGUCAAUCAAACCACAAGACCACCACCCAAAGAAUGCACCUAGUGGUACCAAUGGGAAUCAUCCUGCUAAGGAACUCCAUCAAGUUCAUCAAGGUCAACAUGCAUCUCCUCCGAAGCAAGAUUAUAAUGCCAAAGCGUACACUUCUGCGGAUCAGGCUGCUAGUAUGGAGAACGAUGGUUACGCUGAGCAGCACUAUCCUAGUAACAAUGGAGUAAAUGGACACCCUCAUGGAGUUGCAAAUUACGACGCUUUUGUGACGCCCACAGAUAAUUCCGUUCCACCUAUGGAUCCCCCGUCACAAAAGCCUGUCUGGUCAAAAGUCGUUGCUACGUCACCAGAAAAUGACGGGGUACCACUACGUGUUUCUGAGUUAUACCACCCUGUUAUUCGAGUACAUGAUCACCUACUUGAUGUUUGUCACCCCAUCCAAAAAUAUGCUACAUUUGAGAUAUAGAUGACUUCGCCCCAAAUUGCGCAACUGUGUAAGCGAUCGAUCUGCUAAACCUGUCCCUGAGUAAGAUGGUGAUGAUGAGCACCAAGACCCUGAAACCUUUGAGCAGGAAGAUCAUCAGGAUAAGGCUCAAGAUCGCGAUAAGGCUCCAAGAUCCCAGGCAAAUGAUUCCCAUGAAGCCGAUGACACCAAUAAAAUCGCCGACGCAGCUCCCCCCUAAGUAAGUUCAUACAGAUCACGCACCAGCUGACUUGUAUCGCCCCAAUUUGAGCUAGAGACGACUUCGCCCCAAAUUGGGCAACUGUUUCUCCGAUAGUCCCUUCACAGCGUCUAUAUCCUACCAACAACAUCACUACCAGCACCACGGCGGCGCUACCGAAGCAGAGCAGCGUCGGAGCGACAACAUACUAUGCGCGAUUAUGGCCCUCCUUCACGAAGUCGAUGUGGAUGGCCUUCGCAUGGUCAUGGGCACCUGUGAGGGACUGUUGGAACAAAAAGGUUGAGAUCUUUUUGUGCGAGGUAUUUUAAUUUUGUGUCCUCAUCUUCAUAGACGUAAGUCUUCUGCUAGGAAGGUGGUUGUAUAUUUACAGAAGUACACUUUCGCUUUUUGUUGCAUUCUUGUAGAAAUCACACAAUGCGUGCGCAUUAUUUCUGUUGUUUUGUCUUCAUUCGUGUAAAUUACCAAGUCCGGGUCAAGUGGGUGUCAAGUUCAUCGCUGUCAUAGAUAUUUGAGUACUGUCAGUAGAUGAAGUCUUGGUGACGCAAAGUGCUCUGAUCUAAUAGGGGAGUAAUUCAUCGAUCCGGUCGUGUGUGUGCUAUCAAUCUUCAUUGGACACAACUCCAAAUGUACUCUACGCUGAAUAUCUCCUCAGAAUGAGAUUAUGAUGACAUUCAUGUGCUGCUGUUAUUAUUCGCUUUUUCGAUUUCACAUAAAAAUGAACCGAAUGGACUCCCCUGUGGGGUAACGAGACAUCUCAACACCGG